CUCAUGUAGCCGGUAUACUAGCAUUCAUGCUUUGGACGACCACUGUAGAUUGUCAGAGUCAUCGUAACGAAUAUCUUGAUUGCGGCUGAAGAACAACAUGACCGCAAGUUCCAAGAAGAAGAAGGAGAAUAAGAAGAAAGAUUUCCAGAAACCAAAGUUAAAGGUCGGGAAAGCUAGGCCGAAGGCUGCCAAUAGCACAAGUACCAGUUUUCGUGCCAAAUCAAUUUCUUUGAAGCAGCAAGCUCUUUCUACAAAUGCUCCAACAUUAGAAGCACAAUGCGCGCAUCAUCUGGGUCUGCUGAACCACAAAUCGGAUACUCAACGGAAAGAGUCUCUGGCCUUCUUGACUUCGGCACUCACUAGCAAUCCCCCUCACACUCCAUUGCCACAACCCGCAUCUGUUAUUAUCCCUGCGGUGCAACGGCUUGUUCUUGACGGAACAAAUAAUGUCCGUCAACAGCUGCUCAAGCUCCUGCAAAGCCUACCUCAGGUCGAUGUCGCGAGCUAUGCAGAUCAGUUGCUACUCCAUACGAGGGCUGCCAUGACCCAUCUCGCAGCCGAAAUCCGGGUAUUUGGUCUCGAGGUGCUCGAAUGGCUGCUUGGAGUUGCUGGCGAUGAGGUUGUCAGUUGCGCCGGAGGCUGGGUAAAGAUGUUGAAAUGCUUCCUUAGCCUGCUUGGUUGGCAGAGUGAGGCAAGUAGCAAAUGGUCAACCGCCAAGUCUUACGGCAAAGCGGACUCAAAGAUUCAAGUCAAACAGAUGAACGCAUUGACUUCGUUUCUUCGGACUGGGCUUUUCCAUGCAAAAGCAGUCGCUCCUAUGGCCGGGAGCGACAGCAAUUUCCCGCUUUGGCAGACGGAACACCAUGUAUUGUCAGAACGCUCCAACGCCUAUGCGCAUCUAAACCUCUUCGGUGCUACAAGGGACGAAGAAGCAGAAAUGUAUGAAGAUCGGGAGGACCGGCAAAGGGUGUUUCAUGAUCGAGCAGAAGCAGCAGUGGUUGUAGGUUUGGAGCAAGCGACUAAGGGCGGUGGAGAGCUAGGACGUGCGGCUGCACAACUUCGAAAGGUUGUUAAGGAAGGCAUGGCGGAUUUCUAUCGAGAAGAAUUCGCGCCCUAAUUAGGAGCAUAUUCCAACAAAUGCAAAAUACGUAAUCAGCGCCUACGCGCUGGUUGAGCUAUCGCUAGUCUGUAGAGUUGUGCUUUUGAGUGCAGAGCCAACAAAUGCACAAAAGAGG